UGGUGGAAUGCAGAAAAGUCAUGCCGGCUGACGAGUUUCACUGGAGGAGGAUGGUCGGUAGCUGAGCUCGCUGCACUCAUCUUUACGACUCGCAACCGAAGCAGAGUGUUUGAAAGCUUGCUGGGAGAGAGAGAGACUGGUAGGCGUGGGCGUGAUACUUGAAAAACACUCACCCGUGUCUGGAACAGCAGCAGUUUUGCAGGCUGAGUUACAGCACAUCUUCACGUCUCCCUGAAGAAGACUCGUUCUAGAGGCACGAUGGAGAGAUGCUGUGGGCUGCUGACAGCCAAGGAAGAACCAGGUCUCCAAAGUGGACUCCAAGUGUUCCCUGGAACCCCUGCAGUACCUCAACAAGGAGCAAACCCAGGCGGUCUUAAACUGGCUGCAGGACACAAGUUUGACAGGGAUGUUGAGCUGUUGAUUUACUACAAGGACGCUCACCAGCCAACCGCUGUGGUGGAGGCAGGAAUGGCGUCCACCAAGCAUGGCACACUGAUGGGGGAUGCGGUUGUGAUGCUGAGUCUGUACCCUGCGUUCCCUCAGGCAGUGAUGUCUUCAGGGGAGAGUUUGUGUUCUUACUGGACCGAUCUGGAAGUAUGGAUUGUCCUAUCAAUGAAUUUAAUCAGCGUGAGACUCGCAUCAGCAGUGGCGGGUAAAAGUGUGGAGUACAGUGAGACGACCAGGGAAGAUGUUCUCAAGAAAGUGGAGCAUAUGGGUGCUGAUCUGGGAGGGACAGAGAUCCUUCAGUCUCUCAAAAACAUUUACAGCCAGCCUUGCAUUCCCGGUCAACCACGACAUGUAAUGCUUGUAUACUUUUGAUCAUGAUCCAAGAUGGCGCCUACCAGUGUGGUCUCCUCGGUAACGCGCUCUCUAGUAUUGUUUUUGUGUUUUUCGUCCGUCUUUGGAGACCUUACACGACUCACUUACACAAGGGGAGACCUGCUAACCAUCAAGGAGUCUACUCCGGACUUUCUGUCACCAACUUUCGCAAAUCCGCUCAGUUUUUUCCCCGAGUUACUCACCGGAACGGCGUCCGCGGUUUUCGGCGCAUGGAGACGGAAGUGGCGCCACAGAGGGAAACGGGCCGGUAUUCAGGUGAAACUCCGCAAGAGAGGACGCAGAUUGGCGUUCCCGUCGAUCCACCUCGCAAAUGUACGCUCCCUACCCAACAAAAUGGACGAGCUUCAUCUUCUGUUAAAGACCAGUAAAGACUUUGGACGUUCCGCGGCCAUGUGCUUCACGGAGACCUGGCUUUGCGACGCUGUGCCCGAUGGCGCCGUCAUGCUUCCCGGCUUCUACAUUCAUCGAGCGGACCGCGACAUGGAAUCAUCGGGGAAAACAAAGGGCGGCGGGAUAUGCCUCUAUAUCAACGUAAAAUGGUGUACGGACGUCACGGUGCUCAGCACACACUGCAGCCCGCAUUUGGAGUCGCUAUUUUUAAACUGUAAACCAUUCUACUCGCCACGUGAGUUCGCAUCAUUCAUACUGGCUGGAGUCUACAUACCGCCUCAAGCUAACACUGCUAACGCUCGCCGAACAAGUCACCGAAAUUGAAAAAAAACACCCGGGCUCACCCCUCAUUAUUCUCAGGGACUUUAAGAAAGCUAAACUCAACCACAAACUCCCUAAAUACAAGCAGCACAUCGACUGUCCUACCAGGGAAAAUAAUACUUAAGACCACUGCUACACUACGGUAAAAAACGCAUACCGUGCUAUACCUCGUGCAGCCCUGGGCUCAUCUGAUCACUGCUUAAUUCACUUAAUAUCGACGUACAGGCAAGAACUUAAAUGUGCGAAGCCUACAGUGAAAACAGUCAAAAAGUGGACAAAUGAAGCCAAGAUGGAACUUCAAAGCUGUUUAGACUGCACAGACUGGAGUGUCUUUGAAAAUUCAGCUGGCAGCCUGGAUGAAUAUACGGACACUGUUACAUCCUAUAUCAGUUUCUGUGAAGAGGUCUGUGUACCAACAAAAUCAUUUCGCACAUUCAACAACAAUAAGCCGUGGUUCACUGCUAAACUAAGGAGGACGCAUAUCAGACCGGGGACAGGCCCCUGUAUAAUCGAGCUAGAAACCAGCUGACUAAAGAAAUUAACAUUGCAAAGAGGAACCAUGCAGCAAAGUUGGAAAAACAGUUUAGCGCAAACGACUCUAAAUCAGUCUGGCAUGCAUUCCAAUCGCUGACUAAUUACAAGCGACGAUCCCCCCAAGCUGAGAACAAUAGCACACUAGCCAACGACUUGAAUACCUUCUACUGCAGAUUUGAAAAGGACAGUUUCACACCACACACCCACCCGGCCGCGACCACAAUCACACCUCUGACCUCUGCGUUAACCAUCCAUGAACAGGAUGUGAGACGCAUCUUCAAACAACAAAAGAUUAACAAAGCGGCAGGCCCGGACCAUGUGUCCCCAUCCUGCCUCAAAGUCUGCGCGGACCAGCUCGCUCCAGUCUUCACUCAGAUCUUCAACAGAUCUCUGGAAAUGUGCGAAGUUCCAUCCUGUUUCAAACGCUCCACCAUCAUUCCAGUCCCCAAGAAACCUGCAAUCUCGGGUCUGAAUGACUACAGGCCUGUCGCUUUGACAUCUGUGGUCAUGAAGUCCUUUGAACGUCUCGUGCUGGACCACCUCAAGAGUGUCACAGGUCCCCUGCUGGACCCCCUGCAGUUUGCCUACCAAGCGAACAGGUCUGCGGAUGAUGCAGUCAACAUGGGACUGCACUUCAUCCUAGAACACCUCGUCAGUGCAGGGACCUACACGAGGAUCCUGUUCGUGGACUUCAGCUCAGCGUUCAACACCAUCAUCCCUGAACUCCUUUCAUCCAAGCUUCUCCAGCUCAGCGUCUCACCUGCCAUCUGCCAGUGGAUUUAGAGCUUUCUGACGGGCAGGACACAGCAGCUCAGGCUGGGGGAGGCCACCUCAUCCACACGCAGCAUCAGCACUGGGGCACCCCAAGGUUGUGUCCUCUCUCCGCUGCUCUUCUCUCUCUACACGAACGACUGCACCUCAGCGAACCCGACUGUCAAACUCCUGAAGUUUGCAGAUGACACCACUGUCAUCGGCCUCAUCAAGGACGGUGACGAGUCUGCAUGUCGACAGGAAGCGGAGCGGCUGGAGCUGUGGUGCGGCCGACACAACCUGCAGCUGAACACGCUCAAGACUGUAGAGAUGAUCGUGGACUUCAGGAGGCAUCCUUCGCCACAGCUGCCCCUCACGUUGUCCAGCUGCCUUGUGUCAACCGUCGAGACCUUCAAGUUCCUGGGAAUUACAAUCUCUCAGGACCUGAAGUGGGCGACCAACAUCAACUCCGUCUUCAAAAAGGCCCAGCAGAGGAUGUACUUCCUGCGGCUUCUGAGAAAGCAUGGCCUGCCACCGGAGCUGCUGAGACAGUUCUACACAGCGGUCAUCGAAUCAGUCCUGUGUUCUUCCAUCACAGUCUGGUUUGGUGCUGCUACAAAAAAGGACAAACUCCGACUGCAACGGACAAUUAAAACUGCUGAAAGGAUUGUCGGUACCCCCCUACCCACCAUUGAGGACUUGCACGCUGCCAGAACUAAGACAAGGGCGUGUAAAAUCCUCUCGGACCCUCCCCACCCCGGUCACCAGCUCUUCCAGCUCCUUCCCUCAGGUAGGCGCUACCGAUCAAUGCAAACUAGAACUAGUAGACAUUCCAACAGCUUCUUCCCUCCUGCGAUCAACUUCUUAAACACCUAACCAACAAUUCCAUUACAACAUGCUGGCAAUUUUUUGACUUGAGUUCGUUGUCACAUUUCUGUGGGGCCAAUUAUGUAUUACUCGUGCACUCACUGUCGUUGUCUCUCCAUGCUGCACUAUUUGCAUAUACUGGCCACUCAUGCCAGAGUAGCAUCUGCUCCAUUUGCACACUGAUUGAGGAGUAUCUAUAACAUUUGCCCACCCAAAUUGUCCCAGAUUAUCGCACUACUCGUCACUUUAAACCGCAUACACUCCUUGAAGUCUCAGCGCCCUUUGCACAAUGGUCAUUGCACCGGACUAUUGCGAUAUUAGUCAUUCGAACUGCUCUAAGUGCUAGAGGACUCUGCAUCUUUUUGCACAAUUGUUUUUUGUCAAUGUCUUUAUGUCUCCAAAGUGUUCUGUAAAUUGACUGUCUGUUGUACUAGAGCGGCUCCAAC